AUGAGCGACAUCGACUAUCCGCAAGGAUGCGGACCGAUCUUGCCCGAAAUGAAAGACAGCGAAUUGCUGAAGAAACUAAAGGUUAUGGUCGAUACUUUUGCAAAGAUCGACACAGGAAAAGGAACGACCACGCACUUUCGAUCGCUUGCUUUGCAUUUGAUUCAAGACGGCUUUCUCAACAACAAUAAUCGGGAGAUACAGAUCUAUUUGGCUAACGUGUUGGCUGAAAUUUUCCGCAUCAACUCGCCGAACAAUCCAUAUUUUCGACCUGAUGACAUUGAGAAAGCGCUCUCGUUUAUGGUCAACGGCUUGCGCGGACUUGAGAAUCCCGAUUCGACAAUGUAUCGACGGCAUGUUUACUUAUUGGAGAAUCUUCUUGCUAUGGACACACUACGUGUGAUUGCUGAAUUGCCGGAAGAUCCACAACAACGGACUCUUCGACAUGUGCUGAAGACAAGCUUUGAAGUGGCCGCUAAAAUGAAGAACACAAGGAAGGAAUCACCGGAUGAGAAUGAAGAAGAAAUGAAAGAGGAAAAUUCGGAUAUCGAUGGUGAAUUGCCUGAUGAGCAAGAUGAAACACAAAGGAUUCUCGGAAUCUUCAUUCGUCUACUUUCAAAUGCCCUCGCGGAAGUACCAUUCAUUUCUGAUAAAGCGAUGGAUGUCCUUUUCUUCUACUUGAUCGGCCCUCAAAGGCUCAACUAUCCACUGGCAUAUCAGCUAUCGAAGAAAGUCGUCAUCAUCUCGGCGACGGCUCUUGAAUCUCCAUUUCAGACAAUGUGUACACAAGCUGGCGCACUGGAUCGUUUGCCUGAUGACUUUGAAUUGGUUGGCACGAAGUUGGCAAAGCUUUUUGAGAUAAUUUGUGAGCUCUACGACAUUUCGAGCAAACUGGUCUACCCAGUUCUUUCACUGUUUAUGCGAUAUCUAAUGUCGGAUGAUUACGAUGCGCGCUAUAAAGCGGUCAAAUUAAUCGGUGUUCUUGCCGUCAACGACAAAGGAAAUCUUGCUGAGGAACGCGUCGAGCUAUGGAAUCAGUACUUGAAGAGAUACACGGACAUUAGCCCGACGAUUCGAUCACUUUGUGCCACACAAGGCGGCGCGAUUCUUCUCAAACAUCCCGCACAAAGAGGAGUCAUUUCAAAGUUACUCACUCGUUUGUUGACUGAUGAAGACGAGAAUGUGCGAAUUGCGGCCGUUUCAAGCACCGCUCAAGCAGCAAAAAAGAAAAUCGAAUCGGUGUCGGAUGACCUGAUUAAUGCAGCAGCUGGACGAAUUCUUGACAAAAAGGCAAAAGUACGCGAUGAGGCGAUCAGGCAACUGGUGCAAGUGCAUGCAAAGCUUUACAAGGAAGAUAGAUACUCACAAAGCGAUCGACUGAGUGUUGCGAUCAUUGCGCAGAAGAUUUUUCACAUCUACUCGAUUGAGGACAUGAGGGACGAGAGAUUGCUCAUCGAGAAGUUAUUCGUUGGAUCAAUUGUCCCAUAUCGUCUGUCACCCGAACGACGUGUUUCCACCGUUGUUCAUGUUUACUCGAAUUUGCCGCCCUAUGAAGCGGAGUAUUUUGCUCUCCUACUCAGCACGCAGGCCAAGUAUCGUCGCGCCAUACUCGAUAUUCUACUACUUGCGGCUCAAAGUAACAAAUCGGAGAGUCCUGAAACGCUGCGCAACGAGAUUGAGAAACGAAUUGCGCUUACUUGUCACGGACAGAAUUCACAAGCAAAGUAUAUGAAUGCACUUCGACAAUUCACCAAUUUCAUCUCCAAGGAUCAGCAUGCUUUUGAGUUGGUCGAGUACAUGGUUCGACCCGGCUACACCUGUGAACAAGUGGAAGAGAAUACGAAAGAAUUCCUUGUUCGUGCCGCUGCGAAACAAGCUGGUGAACGGGCGUUGACUGAAGAAGCGGUGGCGAUCGUCAAAGCUCUCUUUGAACGCUCGAUGCCUUUGCAAUUCGACUCGGCAACAGCUAAGGAGUUGUGUUCAUACGUUCACCAACAAGUUCGCCUGGCCGAGUGCAGUGACCAAAUUCUCUCCGAAAAACUUCCACCAUUGCUUCAGUUAUGGAAAUUAUAUGCUCAACAUUAUGCGCACUGCUUUGCGGCCGAAUCGGUGGCCCCGUUGAUAUUGGAUGUGGCGAGAAGAGUGCACUGUCCGCCAGCAGUUGAGGCGGCAAUGCACGUCCUGCAAAGCACGUGCAAUCAAAAUUCGGUGAAAGUCGGCGAGCAGAGUUGGUGUCAAGAUGCUGUCAAUGUGUGCACCGAGAUCACUCGCAAUGGAGCUGGACGAGCUGCAAAAAGAGCCGUUCUCUGCAUUUGUCGCCUGUUGGGACAGGAGAAUGCACGGGAUGUCGUCCUUGAUAUUGCAAAUUCAGCUCUCACUCAUCUCUCAAUCGCCGAUCCGCUAUGUGUGACCGCACUACAGACGUUGGGUCGAACAGUUCAAGCGUAUCCAAAUGAAAUGCGCGAAGUGCUGCGGGAGAAAAUUCGAGUGGAUAUUGUGCAAGAUGUUCUUCUAACGGAAGUCAGCGAAGAUGACGAGAAUCCGGAGGCAGAACUCGUCUUCGACAAAUGCCCACCACUCAUUCAGCGCAAGAUCUCAGCGAUCAAAUAUUUGGUCCGUUUCCUGCUCUUCACUCAAAAUGAUGAUUACGAUAAACCGCUCGUCACGAAAGUCGUUAAUUGUCUGGUCACUUUCCUUGAGCAUCAAGGCGAUCUGCAUAUGAGUAACACAAGUUCACUGGAACAGGCGUGGUCGCGUGCUAUCGCUGGAUCGGGUCUACUGCGUUUAUGCUACUCGGACAAAUAUGGCAGACAAAUUCCGGUGUCGGGACUUCACCUGGUGGCUCGGCUCUUGUUGGAUAAAGAUUCGUGCGUUCGCUACUACAUUGCCCGAAAAAUCAAGAAAGCUAUCUUCCGACGAGCUCUCGGCGUCGAAUUCAUUGGCAUGUACAUAGUGACACCGUUGGUUUCCGAUGAUGAACGAGUAAAACAAAUCUAUGAGAAAGCGGUUCAAGGCAAAUUGGAUGCAUGCCUUUACUACUACAAACAGUUAUCACUUCAGAAGAUUGUUCAAGAUAAACUCUCGUUUUUUCAACCGGAAUUGAGUUUGCCAUACGCGAUUCAUUUCCUUUCCCACUCCGGCUACUUCAACAACACUGAAUCAUUAGAAAAUUUAGAGGAGAUGAUCCGCUGCCUAUCUUUUCUCAUCGAUAGUUUCUUCCGGCCAAAUCAGAAAUACGAUCUCGAUUUGGCGCUGGGCUUGUUACAAUCGGUGAAAGAUUCGGUCGACGCGUCGCAUGUGCUUCAUUCCGAUGCCGACAAAGCUAAACCGGAUGCACCCACGAAGCUACAACAAAUUGAGAGCCGGAAGAUGUGGAUUCUGGCAGAUUUCUCGAUGGCAAUGCUUGCGGCAAAAUCAAAGCAACAACUCUCAGCUCGUCCUCAUUGUUUGAAACUUUCGAAGCGCUACUUUCGUCCGCAUGAACAAAAUGACAACCUAUGGGCUCCGGCUCAACUCGUCGAACAACUUCGCACUGGUAAAUGGAAGCGCGGUCGCAAGGGAAAAGGACAAAAUGGAUCAUCACUUCAAUCGGACAGAACUAGCAAGAUGAAUGGCACAAAAAGAGGAGGCAAAAAGCGCAAGGCACCCAAAUCAGAAGAGGAAUCUUCUGAAGAAGAAGAAGAGAAUAAUGAAGAUUUGGCGGACCAAUUUGGGAGUACUUCCCUGAACAACAUUGUGCCGAGAGGAGUCGUCGCGCCAUCGCCGAUUCAGCCAAGAACCAACACAAAACCUGCUCGUACCACGAGAGAUUCAAAAACCGCCGAAUUCUUCAGUUCAACUCCGCUGAUUCCAAAAGUUAAGAGAAACUCUCGAAAAGCACCCAAAAUGGAAGUGGACGAGGAAAAUGAGAUUAGUGAAGAAGAUGCAGAGAAAGAGCAACCAUCGACAUCAAAAGAAAUGCCAACAAUGGCAAAGAUGCGUGCGAAGAAAAAUGUGAAGAGUCCCUCAAUGUCGCCGGUGAAACCCUCAAAGAAUACUGCUGUCAUCGCAGAAGAGACGGUGGAAAGAAGGGGGAGAGGAAGACCAAAAAAAGAAGAGGCCAAGAAUGAUGAUGAUGAUGAUGAUGAUAAGAAAAAGUUGAAGACGAGAGUGAAAGAAAUGCCGAAGAAGACGACAAAGAUUGAGAAGGGACGAGAGAGGAAAGGAAAUGAGGAGAAAGGCGCUGAGGAAACGAUCAGGAGAAGCUCUCGAAUCUCAACUGGCGUCACUUCUAUUGUCACUCCAAGAUCUUCUUCAGCAUCAACGAAAGAUUCAUCACCAAAGAAAGGAAAAAAGCGACGC